UUUUUGUUUUGGGUUGAAGUUGAGGCUGGGGAGAGAAGAGAGAGAGAGAGAGAAAGAGAGAGAGAGAGAGAGAAGAAAAGAGAAGAGGAGAAGAGAGCCAGCGAUAAGCCGCUGUGGCUCCCGGUGCGGGUGGUGGUGGAGGCCCGCCGGAGUCGCGGCCGCUGCCGCCGUCGCUGCCGCGGCCUCCUUUCCCAAGGCUGGUGCCCGAUUCCCUUGCCCUCCCAGCACCGGGCCGUCCCGGCCCUCCCCGCGGGCCCCGGCCAGGCUCUCCGUCUGCACGCCGCAGCGCCCGGUCGCGGCCGCGCCCGCCGGCCCCAUGAGGAGGGACAUGAACGGGGUGACCAAGAGCAGGUUUGAGAUGUUCUCAAACAAUGAUGAAGCUGUGAUCAAUAAAAAGCUUCCCAAAGAACUACUGCUAAGAAUAUUCUCUUUUCUGGAUGUUGUUACAUUGUGUCGCUGUGCUCAAGUCUCCAGGGCUUGGAAUGUUUUAGCUCUAGAUGGCAGCAACUGGCAGCGGAUUGACCUGUUUGAUUUCCAGAGGGAUAUUGAGGGUCGAGUAGUAGAGAAUAUUUCUAAAAGAUGUGGUGGUUUCUUACGAAAGUUAAGUCUGCGUGGGUGUCUUGGAGUAGGAGACAAUGCGUUAAGGACCUUUGCACAAAACUGUAGAAACAUUGAAGUACUGAAUCUAAAUGGAUGUACAAAGACCACAGAUGCCACAUGUACUAGCCUUAGCAAGUUCUGUUCCAAACUCAGGCACCUUGACCUGGCUUCCUGUACAUCGAUAACCAACAUGUCUCUAAAAGCACUGAGUGAGGGAUGUCCACUGCUGGAACAACUGAACAUUUCAUGGUGUGACCAGGUGACCAAGGAUGGUAUCCAGGCUCUAGUGAGAGGCUGUGGAGGGCUCAAAGCCUUAUUUCUUAAAGGCUGCACACAGCUUGAGGAUGAAGCUCUCAAGUACAUUGGUACACACUGUCCCGAACUGGUGACUUUAAACCUGCAGACCUGCUUACAAAUUACAGAUGAUGGGCUCAUUACAAUAUGCAGAGGCUGCCACAAAUUGCAGUCUCUCUGUGCCUCUGGCUGCUCCAAUAUCACAGAUGCAAUCCUGAAUGCCCUGGGUCAGAACUGCCCUCGGCUUAGAAUAUUAGAAGUGGCAAGGUGUUCUCAGCUAACAGAUGUGGGCUUCACUACUUUGGCUAGGAAUUGCCAUCAACUAGAAAAAAUGGACCUAGAAGAAUGUGUUCAGAUAACAGAUAGCACAUUAAUUCAACUCUCUAUACACUGUCCAAGACUUCAGGUGUUGAGUCUGUCUCAUUGUGAGCUGAUUACAGAUGAUGGAAUCCGUCAUCUGGGGAAUGGAGCCUGUGCCCAUGACCAGCUGGAGGUGAUUGAGCUGGACAACUGCCCACUUAUCACGGAUGCCUCCCUGGAGCACCUGAAAAGCUGCCACAGCCUUGAGAGGAUAGAGCUCUAUGACUGUCAGCAGAUAACCCGCGCUGGAAUCAAGAGACUCAGGACCCAUUUACCCAAUAUAAAAGUUCAUGCCUACUUUGCACCUGUCACUCCACCUCCAUCAGUAGGGGGCAGCAGACAACGCUUCUGCAGAUGCUGCAUCAUUCUAUGACAUUGGAGGCGGUCAGCCUUGGCGAACUAAGUAUUUAAUGAAACUUCUAGAGUUACCACGGAGUCUCUCCAGCGGAAUCAACCCCAGUGUUCUGAGCAAGGGCCAGAAUAGAGGGCUGUGUCCGGAUCCCCCGAGCCACACAUACACAUACAUAUAUACCCACGCCGUCUACUCCAGCUGACGUACUCUGUGACAGUGGGACUUGAAUCUGUGUUGGCUUUUUUCUGACAGGUAGAUUGGUAUAACUUGAAACCAUUCCUACUGGGCAUGCUCAGAAGAGAAUCACAAUCCAAGAUGGGGGGCAUUCCAGCAAACCCAGGGUCACUGCUGCUGGGGUGUGUUUGUUCUUUUUGUUUGGGGUUUCUUUUGGGGAUGUCAGAACACUAAUAAGAGCUCUCCAAAGAGAAGGAGAGCAUGGACAAAUACAGUAAAUGUUGCAUCCAGGGACCAGAAAGAAAGAAAGAAAAAUCCUUCCUCCCAUAAGAGAAUGAAGAUGGCAACCAUCCAUCGUGAGACUGAUUCCAAUGCUUCUCUACUUCCUUGUUUCCAUAGCACCCUGCUGAGCAUGCUCAUAUUGAAGGCUCAUCAGUUAGAGCCUUCAGUUCAGAGGUUUCCUAGGUGGUCACAGUGAUUCCAAAGUUGUUUAUUUUGUUCACCCAUUCAUUAUGGUGUUCUCCCUUGGCUGUCUCUGAGUGUGUUUGUCUGUGUCCGUGUCUCAUUUUCUCUGUUACUUGCUGAAGCACUCUCUUGUUGCCUGCUCAUCCUUUGUCUCUUUUGCAGUCUACCUGCUUAAAGUUUUCCAUUCAGGGUGCUUUUGUUGAGGCUACUGGAUACUUUUUAAAGAAAAGUUAUUUAUUAGUGAAAAAUGUUUUAAAAUUUCUCUUUUUUUAACCAUUAGAAAGACUGCAUGGGGCCUGGUCCAGUGAGAAACUCUAAAGGGCAGUAAAGGGAAAAUGAACUAAAUAUAAGCUCUUGCCCCUUUCUUAUGGAAACAAUUCCUAUUUUUGCCUUUUGAAUUCCUCCUCAAGAAUAGAACAUAGCUUGUGACAUGAUACAUGGGUGGCUAUGCUCCAUAACUUCAUGCUCCCUAUGUUUCUUUGAGCUGAAUCCCAUUAAUCACUUGAGUGUCUUGCAUAAGGAUGAGGGAGAGGCAUUUUUAAAGUAGAAUUGAUUGGGGGAAAUGCCAGAUCUCAACCUAAAAACCCCUGUCCCUUCUUUGAAUGUCAUGCUGUGAACUGAGAUUUGUGUAUACCCAACAACAUUGCUAACUUUCAUGUUGGCUCAGUGUUUUGUCUCAGGAAGAAUACUGGUUGAUGAAACACGUUCCUGUCUGUGCUGCCAAUUUUUAUUUCUCUGUCCCCUUCUUCCUACCUGAUCCUAUGAUAGUGUGUGGCUGUUGUAUUUAUGGUCACCAAUUUCAGAUCUAAUGGUGGUCGUUCAAAGGACCAGCAAAGCCUUCCCAAAGAAGUCACUGAUCCAGUCUUGUUGAUCCACUCUCCAGAUAUUCAGCAUAAAUAUAACCAUGUGGGGUUGGUCCCUUGAGAAUAUUGGGAGCAGCCCCCAGAAGGCCUAAGGUAAUCAAUGCAGGUGGGGGUAGUCCUUGUCUCCACAUAUACUUCUGUACUUGAGAACUGAGGGAGAAAAGUUUUCAGUGCUAGUGAUUAAGUGAAUUAGUGAUAGGGCACAGCUCUUGGUCUCCUAGUAGCUGGUGGGAACAAUACUGUCCUCUCUUGUACAGAAAAAUUGGGGGAGAUUAGGAAACUGAGAUGAUUUUCUAAAGCACAAAUAACAGAUUUCUAGGCCUCCAGAGUUGGAGUUUUUUGUUGUUGUUUCGUAGGAAUUUGUUUAUAUGGUCAAGGUAGCCUUUUGUCGCCUUCUGACUGACUUAAGCAACUCCAAGGGUCAUUUUUCACAUUGCAGGUGAUGGCUCCCUCUCCUAAAACCACCAGCAUAUGUUGGAAUUAGCUGGGCUUGUUUCUUCAUUAAUUAGAAAGCCAUCAGCAGAUGAGAGAGUGCUGGGAAGGAGCCCAUGACACUACCUGCCAUUUUUUAUUGUGUUUAAUUUUGGUUUUGAACUUAUUACUGUGCUCAAAACCUCAAAGACCUUUUUCUCUUCCCAGUUCCUAAUUUUGGGGAAAAAAAUAACAAACCAUACCAUCUUUGUAAAGGGACUGAUCCAGCAGGUUUGGAAGUUUUGAUACCAUAACUGAUAACUUAUUUGUAUUAAAUUUUAAAAAGUGUAAUGGGGAAAGGGAUGCUGAAUACUUAUAAGUAACAUCAUAUUCAGGGCCUUUCUCCCCCAUCCCCAACCUCCCUGCCAAAAAAUGUGUGUUGUUCAGGUCUGGCAAACUGGCCAUAAAACUCCCUGCCAUUUCAGUUGGGGAGAAGAAGGAGAUAGGUGGCAGCAGUGCACUUUUCUAGGCCUUCCAAGGCCUAUAGUAAACAGAUGUCAAUUUGAAACAUCUUGCCCCCAAAUCAAAAUUUUUCCUUUUCAAGGACACAGCUUCUCCUAUUUAAUGUGGUAUUGGAGACUUGAUUUCUAAACUAUGGCGAUCUGACCCAGAUGCAGAUUCAGACUGAUUGAUCCUGACCUGGUCAUCCGCCCUAUCAAAAGAAGAGUACCGGUCUUAGAAAUCAUGGGGAAGAGGUCUCGAAUGAAACUUCUGGUGCAUUAAGUCUAUGAAAUGGGUUGCACUGGCCAAUUUAAUUUAAUGCUUAAAGCGUUAGGCUUUAGGCUGUACUUAUUUCUGAUGACAACUGUGAUCCCUUUAAGCUUGGAAAGGAUUCUUAUUAAAAUGCUUCAGUGUUGUUCAAGAGGAUCCCCUUGACUUCAUUCACCUUAAGCCCUAAAGACUUGUAGAAGACUAUUGUAGCUUCCAAAUACAUAGGUUGUAUUGAGCUUACGUUGAAUGGAAAGGAGCUUGAAAUUACUGUUCUGUCAGUAGCUGUGACCUUAAGUCUUUCUGAAAUCAAAUCCUUCUCCUUCUUAAAUAUAUGGCAGGCCCUUUGCCUGUUUUUGUCGGCCCUCUUAGAUGUGUCACCCAUAGUAGAGAAUAUCAGGUCUGAGUAACUUAAGCUCCUUUCCCUAAAGAAAUAGUUUCAGGGCAAAAAAAGAAGUGACCAGACCCACCCAACUAGUCACCACAAGCCAGGGGACACUGGUGAAUUCUUGAAUAUUUGAGUCAUCAAUUUUCUGAAUGUUCUUUCUGGCCCUGCAGACUUCAGCCAGUAAAUGCCCUUGCUUUUCCUGGUUUUAUUUCUACACUUUUUCCUCAGAAGAAUUUUUUUUAACUGGUGACCCUCUUCCCCUCUAAAUAAAGCCUCCUUCAUCCCAACAGUGCUAAGGUCGUGUCAGGUGUCUCCAGUGCCUUUUUAUCCCUCCUGGUUAUGCUUGCAUGUAGCACAAAACCCUCAUCAGCCUUGGACUCUGCCAUUCUCUCUGGUAGGUCAGACCAAUUGUCACUAGGUCUGAAAUUUGCUUACUGAACUGAAAUGAGCUUGACAGGAAACUUUCCACUGGAUGUAUCCUAGGAGAAAAAGGUUCUGACUUCACUCUUGUUUUUCUUUGCAAUGUUGGGACUAUGAUGAAUAUGAAAGUACAUUGUACUCAUUUCUCUGUGUACAUUUUUUUCUUUUCUAAUUUCAUCUCUAACAUAGUAUUUUGGAGGCCUACAGCUAUUUUAAAGAGACUUUUAAAUGAUCUUUGUAAAUUUCCAAUAAACUCCACAUGCAUUAUAAACUAAUUUUUAAUCAGAUACAUGUUAAAAACUUGUUACAUAUUCUUUUAAUUAUAUCUUCUGGAGAGACCACCUGCAAAGUAAUUUUUAUGCAAUCCUCAUCCAGAUUGUUUCCCUCACUGAACAUUUAAGUAUAACUAUAAUGAUGUCAAAUUAACCAGAACUUAAAAUAUAGGAAAUGCAACCAUAUUUUUUUUAUUGCCUUGUAAGAUACUGUUGCCAGUUGUUCAGUGCACCAGUGUCAGGACUGAGGGAGUGGAUUAGAGGUGAUAUAAAAAGCAAGAUACCUUGAAGUUGAAUGAAGGGGAAAAGAGCAUCACUUCAGUUACUGUAAGCUGCCAUGGGGAGAAUCUGUGUCCUUAAAUCCAUAUCACCAACAAUAUGUUCAGGAAAUUUCUUAACAAGAUUUAUUAAUGCAUUAUGAUUGAGCCCUGGCUGCUGUCUUUAAAUUGCUGCUGCUGCCGCCACCCCAAACUUCCUGCCACCACCAUUAAUUACCCUACCAUGGAGACAGAUUGGAAAAAAUAGAUGUCGUGCUACCACUGCGUCAGUUAUUGAAGAGUAGAAGGAAGAGAUAGGUGGAGCUAUCUAUUCCCAUUAUGCAACCCUGUUGAUAGAACUGUUCUGUAGGGUGCUAGGCACUCCUGCAACAGUUUUCUGUGUCUUCUUCACCUGCUAACUAGCUGUUGUGCUUUAUUUCCCACAGACCUGUUGAUUAGCAGAACCUUUGGGCAAAGGUAAAAUGUUUGAGUUGUAGAUCUUGAAAUAGAACUGACCAAUGAGUCCUGACAGUCCUAAAGGAAUGAACAGAGGGCAGAUGUGGAGGGUCCCCUUUCCACUCACUACAGUCACCAAAUUGAUAGUGAGCUUGACAAGUCUGGUAUGGCCAGGGUGUAUUACCCAGAUGAUUCAGGGAGAAAGCAGUGUUAACCUCUGUAUACCUACAUAAUUAAUUAUGGAGAUAUGCCCUAAAAAACAAGAUUUACAAGGGUGGGUGAAAUGGAGAGUGUAAAUUGGGAACCGGCCAUCCCCCAGCCCUCCCAUUUCUGACAGAUUGCACCUUCUAUAGAACUAGAAAAAAAUCUUUAUGAAAUGAGUGAGUUCUUAGCAUGGGAUUCUUUCAGAUCCCCUUGAUGCUUGGUAUUAUUUCCUCAUUUCUACUCUUUAUAACUGUCAACUCAGAUUUGGGGGUUAUUUUACUACUGGGGCAUUUCAGGAACUGGUCCCAAAGCUGUACUUGGGUGAAUAUAGUUGUGUCCCAGUGAAGUCCCACUUAAAUUUCAGCAGAAAGGACUUCAUUAUAAGUGCUCAUAGAUGUGGCAUUAGAGAGUUGUGCUAUUUUCAUUUCUCGCUCCUUCGUAUUAUGUACAUGUUGUAUAGUCACAUUUCAAAAAAUAGCCACAGUGUCUUCUUGGCUAAAUCAGUGGAGAAACUACCUGAACUGAUAAAACCCAUGUGAGUCUUCAAAUUCUGUAAAAAUCUGGAAUUUGGUCAUUUUUGAUAGGAGUAUCUUCUAGUGUCUUUUGCCUUGAGUGUGUGUUUUUUGUUUGGUUUUGUUUUGUUUUGGUCAGGGAAGCAUUAAGUUAAGGAAAGAAGUAAAUGACUGUUAGGGUGUCUUGCCUUAGGGUAGGAGAAUCCACCCUUUGGGUCAGUUCCUAGCCUGGAAACACCCAGUUUCAUCAAAUUGUAGAUAAUUUUCCUACUUCAUGAUUAUUCCCUUCCCCUCCUGCCCCUGCAUAGUCCUUUUCAUCCAGAGGUUGUUCAUAAAUAGUAGUGAUUUCAUUCCCUCUCCCCCUUAACUUCUUUUGGUUUGACUCUUCAGUCUGUAUGAAACGUAUGUUGGAGGUUGGAAGGGAUUGCUAAUCAAGUGAUAUUUCCCUUCUUCAGGAUAUUGUAUCUAAAAACUGAACCAAGCCAUGAACCAAUUCUUAGGAAGUCCCAGCUGGGUCAAAAUUAGUACAGUGAGACAGUUGCCAGUGGGGCCUGACUGCUUAGUUAGGGCUAGGGCAAGUGCUGGUUAGGUGGCAUUUGGAAGCUUCCCCCUUUGGGAUCUAGAAGAAUGUCAGUUGGCUAAUCCUCAAAGUGAUCUCAAAGAAGCCACCUUCAGAAAGAUUUUUUUAAGCCAUGUCCAUGCUUUCCUCUAAGGGCUUUUAGGAAGUCUUAAAGAGAUAUGGUUCUCCCAAAAGGAAACUGCCCCAAAUGUUUCUUUCCCAGCAGCUUCUCUUGCUACCAACACUGUUCUCUCACAUCCACACAACUGCUGCUCAUGUACAUGUAGGUGUGUCUCUACACACGUAUGUGUUUUUUUAUCUUAUCUUGGCCCUGAUUUCUUGGCCCCUGAAAUAAUGCUUGUUACUUUUACUUUUUAAGGCACUAGAGGAUGAGAAAAUAAAGUCUUAACAAGCCCUACUUUGCAGAGCUGACUGGCAUGAUUUUUUGACCAGUUACACUUUUUAAAAUAAAGAUUUGAAUUGUUUUCUUCUCUAGUGCUCUAUAACACUGUAAUGAGCAAAACUUUUGCUGCUAUUUUCCUGGGUUUGUGUAUUAGGAUAUUCUUCUCUCCCAAACGCCUCCCCUCACACCCAUGCCCAACCCUUCCUUUAAAAAUAAGUUAUUUUAUGUGUCAUUGGCUGUUAUUUUCUAAGUAACCAGGGGCUUAGUGAGGAGAGGUAAGCCUGAAGGCUUCCUGUUUUGUUUUGUUUUGUUUUUUCAGUGAAACACUAACCUCUGAGCCCAUUAUAAGACAACUGGCAUGUUUACAAGACCUACCUAAAGCAGCUCCUUGAAGUCUCCUUCCCUGAGGAGAAGAACAUGUCCAAGCUAGCCCCCACUUCCUCCUUUAGGGAGCUCCGGAAGGAACAGCAAGUGAGAGAGAGUGAUGUCAGGGAUGUCGGCCUAUUACCAUAACACGUUUAACUUCCCAAAGAUGGCUAUGGCUUUAUUUUCUCUCUUCCUGGAGGUUGUUCCCAAAUAGCCUGGCAACUCGGCACUAGCCAACUGCUCUGUUCACCUUUGCCAUUUUACAGUGUCCCCAAGAGCCACAGACAGAGAGACCUUUCUUCUUGUGCAGGGCCCAGAGGCCUCUGAAAUUCUGCUGAGGCAGAGCCUCUGGGGUCAGAAGGUGGACGGAUGGUGCUGUCGGAGGGUGGUUAGGCUUCACCAACGCAAGGUUUGUUUCAGUCCCUUCUUCCACCACAAUCAUAUCCCUUAUUUCCCCAUCAGAGGGGAAAAAGAGCAGGUCCUAAUAGCAUUCAGAUUCUAGACAUUCCUGCCACCUGAAAUUCCACAGAUCCUUUACCCAGAGUGUUUUUUCAUGUGUUGAGAGUUGCUGCUGGAUUAAUUAUAUUUCUCCUUCAGGUACAUUCAUAUAGCUUUCUUAACCAGUUGUUGAGGCUGCAUUGGUCCCCAAAAUGAUAACUUUUACUUAACACGAGAUUCCUUUAGCUGUGCACAUGGCUGUGUUUCUUUCCUCCCAAUUAUUUUGAGUUUGAGGGUUGGGGGAGGGGUUAUUUAAAAAAGGAAAAAAGAAAAAAAAGAAAA